UCGUACGCUUAAUAAGGACUUUAAAUUGACGGUAAGAGAUUCACUUGAAAAACAGUCUGUCAUUGCUCCCGCCGGUUAUAUCGGUACAAUACAGUCUCUACACUUGAAUCCUACCCGGUAUCUCUCGGCGGCAAAAAACGACACCGUACAAAACAACAUCAUCAUCACUAAGACGACGAGGCUGCUGUCUCUUUCCGAUAGAUAUUCGGUUGAUUAUAGAGAAACGGCGGUCGUUAUGGGGAAGAAGAGAAGAGGAUUGACUGUGGUUUGUUACGCUGUACCUCUAACGGCUCGUAAUCUUCAAUGGAUCUUCACCGUUUCUUUAGCGGUUUUGAUGCUUACGAAAGGCACUGCUAUUCAGAAAUCGUUUCUUGUUCCAUUAUUUGCUCUACAAGCACCAGUAAAUAUCAUCUCUUGGAUCAAGGGAACACAACAAGGUGCAAUUAUUUCCUUGCUGAUUGCAGGAUAUCUCGCGUCCCAACAUUUUUCACGGGCAGGAAGCUUUCAAAAAGCCUUUGACCAAGGCUCAGUUGUUGCCACCUUAGCCAUCAUUUGUAUCAUAGUUGUCUCAUGCUUUUUCUUGAUCUGAAUUCUUAUAAAAUCAUAGACUUAUUCUGUCAAUCAUCUGUAGAUUACUUUGUCCAUUUAAAGGGUUACUUAAAUGAGUGAUCUGUUUAAACUGCCGUUAGUUGUUGGAUUGUAUUCAACUGUCGGGUCAAUCUAGUCAAAUUGUUAUGCAUGUUUGGAGAUUCAAACAUGAGAUUUUACAA